AUGGCGCACCCCCAACGAGCGGCACUGGAACGGUCCCUCACCGACCCAGAGACAUUUUGGUCUGGCCAUGCGGAAAGGCUCCACUGGCACCGUAAACCGACUCGAGCCCUGACGCGUCAGUCCAAAACCCUCCCGAGCGGAGUCCAGCAUGAACAUUGGUCGUGGUUCCCGGAUGGCGAGAUCUCCACGACGUACAACUGCGUGGAUCGUCAUGUGGCAGGCGGGCGGGGCGAUCAGGUUGCCAUUAUUUGGGAGUCGCCGGUGACACAGACGACGGAGAAAUACACCUAUGCGCAGUUAUUGGACGAGGUCGAGGUACUUGCCGGUGUGCUGCGGGAAGAGGGUGUACGGAAGGGGGAUGUGGUCAUCAUUUACAUGCCGAUGAUACCAGCCGCGCUCAUUGCAGCGCUGGCCAUUACCCGGCUGGGGGCCAUCCACGCCGCGGUCUUUGGCGGGUUCGCUGCCAAGUCCCUGGCACAGCGUAUUGAAGCUGCCCGACCGCGGGCAAUCAUGACGGCCUCGUGCGGCAUUGAAGGUGCCAAGGGGCCGAUUUCGUAUCGGCCUUUGGUGGAGGGGGCCGUGGAGGCGAGUCGGUUUAAACCUAGUAAGGUUAUUGUAUGGCAGCGGGACCAGAUGCGCUGGAAUAACCCGGAUAAGCUGGGUGGCCAGCGUAACUGGCAACGGCUGGUCAAGAGUGCGCGUGGGCGUGGUAUUCGAGCUGGCCCGGUGCCGGUCAAAAGCACCGAUGGGUUGUAUAUCAUCUAUACUAGUGGUACAACGGGAUUACCAAAAGGUGUUCUAAGAGAAGCUGGAGGCCAUGCCGUCGGACUUGAACUGUCCAUCCAGUCUUUGUUUGGCAUCAAACCUGGUGAUGUGAUGUUCUGCGCCUCGGACAUUGGCUGGGUUGUUGGUCACUCGUAUAUCCUCUAUGCACCGCUGCUGGUCGGUGCGACCACCGUCCUGUUCGAAGGCAAGCCUAUCGGCACGCCAGACGCAGGAACGUUCUGGCGGAUAAUCGAAAAGCAUGGAGUCAACACGCUAUUCACGGCACCAACAGCAAUGCGAGCCAUUCGCAAGGAUGACCCCAGUGACCGUUUCCUGAGAGAAAUCGGCGAGCGAGGCGGUUUGAAAUCCCUCCGAGCACUAUUCCUAGCCGGUGAACGCAGUGAACCCAGUAUCGUUAGCACAUAUCAAGACCUGCUGUCCCGAUACGCCGCACCAGGAGCCCUCGUCGUUGACAACUGGUGGUCCUCCGAGUCCGGGUCCCCCAUCUCAGGGUUAGCGCUGGAUAGCCACGCCGCCCUGACCACAAAAUCAGGAUCAAACCGCCCGCUCGCCAUCCGGCCGGGCUCAGCAGGGCUACCGAUGCCAGGGUUCGACGUUCGGAUUGUCGACGACGAAGGCAACGAAGUCCCCCGCGGAAAAAUGGGCAACAUCGUAAUGGCACUCCCUCUGGCCCCAACAGCAUUCACAAGUCUCUUCCAGGACGAAGAGCGAUUCUACAAGGGAUACCUGAAGCGGUUUGACGGACGCUGGCUAGACACGGGUGAUGCAGGACUCAUUGACGAAGACGGCUACGUGCACAUCAUGUCUCGAUCCGACGAUAUCAUCAACGUCGCGGCGCAUCGCUUCAGCACCGAAAACCAAGGCCAAAUCGAACAAGUAAUCCUAAGCCAUCCCUCCAUCGGCGAAGCCAGCGUAGUCGGGAUCCCCGACGCACUGAAGGGCCACCUCCCCUUCGCAUUUAUCCAGCCCCGCGGCGAAGGCCAAAUACCCGCGACGCCAUCAGCGAAGCUAUUCUCUGAAGUUAAUGCGCUCGUGCGAGAGCAGAUCGGGGCUAUUGCAUCCCUGGGCGGGAUGAUUCAGGGCCGCGGGAUGAUUCCUAAGACUCGAAGUGGGAAGACGAUGCGACGGGUGCUGAGGGAACUUAUUGAGAAUGCGGUGCAGGGCAAGUUUGAUGCGGUGAUCAGCGUGCCGCCUACUGUUGAGGAUCCGGAUGUGAUUGAGGUUGCGAGGGGGAGGGUUAGGGAGUAUUUCAUGAUGAAGGAGGGUGGCAAGGCGAAGCUUUAG